CAAACACGCUGUCAUUAGUUUGUUUUGCCGCAAUUCGCAGCAACGAUGACCACCAAACCAGGAACUAGCAGCGCCAGCGCUGGCAAUAGCAAUCCUAGUAUUAACGACAUCAAUUUGGAGGCACUCUCACUCAGCGAAGGCAUACGUGAUGCCCCUGUUUGCAUCAUUGUGCUGGGCAUGGCCGGCUCCGGCAAAACAACCUUCACACGCAGUCUGAUCGAGCAUGCUCAGGCGCAGUUUAAUCCUUAUGUGGUUAAUCUGGAUCCGGCGUGUCGUGAAGUUCCCUAUGCGGCACACAUUGACAUCCGUGACACUGUCAACUACAAAGAGGUGAUGAAACAGUAUCAAUUGGGUCCCAAUGGCGGCAUCGUGACUGCACUCAACAUGUUCACCACAAAGAUGCCCAAAUUUGCGGAGCUGGUGCGUCGUGCCGGUGAGCGUGGCCACAAAUGGUGCAUCAUUGAUACACCCGGUCAAAUAGAGGUGUUCACAUGGUCAGCAUCUGGCAAUAUUAUCACCGAGGGCCUGGCUACCAUGUUUCCCACCAUUGUUGUGUAUGUAAUGGACGUUGUACGUUCCGCCUGUCCCACCACAUUCAUGUCCAACAUGUUGUACGCCUGUUCCAUACUGUACAAAACGCGUCUGCCGUUUCUCGUGGCACUCAACAAGAUUGAUCUGAAGGAAUGCAGCUUUGUGCAGGAGUGGAUGACCGACUUUGAGGCUUUUCAGGAUGCACUUGAGCAGGAGCAGAGCUAUGUCAACAAUCUAACGCGAACCAUGUCCCUCACGCUGGACACAUUCUAUGAGAAUCUGGUUACGUGCGGUGUCUCGGCCAAAACGGGUGUUGGCUUUGCCACACUGAUGACGCACAUGCUCGACUGUGUGCAGGAAUAUGAACGUGACUAUAAGCCGGUGUACGAGAAGAUGCGCCUGCAACGCCUGGCCGAGCAGGAAGCCAAUCCUCAGCCAGCAUCACACAUCGAGGAAGCUGGCGUUGCGGUGCCUAUGGGUCUGGAUCUGAGAGAUCCGCCUAGCAACACCGAUAAUAGUGUGUUCCUAAUGGCACCCAGUCUAGUGCCACAGCAAAUCGAUGCCGAGCAGGAAAUGGAAACGGAUGCCAAAGGCGACUUGGAGGAGCAGAACUUUCAAAGUUUCGUACAGAAUCACAUGACGGCACAGCAAAGCAAACGGGAUAAACAACAGCAGGAACAGGAUCAGAAAUCUUAACUCUUAAUUCCCAACUUUUAAAUUAGUAAUUAUAGUCAUAAGCUGUAAUAUUAUUGAGUAUAUACUGUAAUAUAAAAUGCACUCAAUUGAAAUCAGGGAUCGAAAGUAUUCCC